AUGGCAGCAGCACCCGCAGCGCCGAUCGUCAAUGAUCUCCUCAACCCGCCUACGGACGAGGAUACCUUGACCAUGUUCGAGCCGGAAACGGACCACGAGCGUGAGGUCGAGGAGUUCAUCAACAAUCACCCGCUCACUAAAGAGAUGCGGUCCAAAGAAGAAUUCUACGAGUCGAGACCACAUCUCAAGAUCCCAGCCCCCUACCGGGUCUACAACCUGACAGGUGGUACGCUUAUGGGGCCGGGCAGGGUGGUCGUACCGCCGGUAGCCUUCGUCGAGGCGGGCGGCAAGUCCAUAGUCUCAAUAUCGUACCUGGGCCACGAGCUAUGCGGCCACCCGGGCAUAGUGCACGGCGGGCUCCUCGCGACCAUGCUCGACGAGGGUCUGGCGCGGUGCUGUUUUGCCGCAUUGCCGCAUAAGGUGGGCUUGACUGCCAACCUAAACAUAAACUACCGUGCUCCAGCACACGCGGAUUCGUACAUUGUGCUUAGAGCCACGACGACGAAGGUAGAAGGACGUAAGGCGUGGGUCGAAGGCCGCAUCGAAACCCUGGUGGGUGAAGGCGAGACUCCGGUGGUCCUCGCGGAGGCAACAGCUUUGUUCGUGUCUCCUAAACAUGCAGCGAUGAUGAUGAACUUGUACCCAACGGCAUAA